AUGACAACUAAAGAGGAUCUUCUCCAAUUGGGACUUUCCGAGUCAAAGGCAGCGGAAACCCUAAAAAAUGCCAAGCUCAGCGCGACGAUCAGUGGGAUUCUGAAGGAAGCGAAGCCUCUGGGACAGAUUUCAAAGCAAAAAGGCACUCUUCUCUAUCAACUUUCCACGAAAUUGAAGCCACAAGUGGCGCCAAAUGCUCCACUGGUGGUCAAGUACAUUAUGAACGAUGGAAUCAAGACUGAGCCGCAGCUCUCCGCCGCCUUCGAAUACCUCCUGUCCCAUAGCGUCAAAGGAAUCGAAAUCCCGGCUUUCGAGUCGUCUUGUGGUGUCGGAGUCGUUGUAACCAUCGACGACAUCGAGAACGCCGUUUCCAACGUCAUCGCCACACACAAAGAGAAAAUUCUGGCGGAGAGAUACGGUUUUGCCGUUGGAAAAUUGCUCGGAGAGCUCAGAUCGUCUCUUCCAUGGGCCGAUGGAGCUAUCGUCAAGAAGGAGGUGGAUUUGAGGUUUUUGGAGUUGUUGGGACCAAAAACAGCAGAGGAUUUGGCGCCGAAGAAGAAGGAGAAGAAGCCGGAAGUGGUGAAGGCUCCAAAAGACGCUGCCAAAAAGACCGAGAAGAACGAAGCCACCAGCACCCAAGACGACUUCUCAGAAGGCGCCGAAACGAUGGACGAGCUGCUCCGCACCCGUGCGCACUUCCACGCAGUCGGAGAGAACUACAAAACCGACGGCUACGUCACCACUCCCAAAACUGCAGAGCUUCUGAAGAGCCACGUGGCAGCUGUCGGCGGAAAAGUGGUCACCAGAUUCCCACCAGAGCCCAAUGGAGUGCUCCACAUUGGACAUGCCAAGGCGAUCAACAUUAAUUUUGGAUAUGCGAAGGCGAUGGGCGGAGUGUGCAAUUUGAGAUUCGAUGAUACGAAUCCGGAGAAGGAGGAGGAGAAAUUCUUCACGGCGAUUGAAGACAUCGUUAAUUGGUUGGGGUAUAAUCCGGCGAGAGUGACUCAUUCGUCGGAUAACUUCCAACAGUUGUAUUUAUGGGCGGUUAAAUUGAUUCAGAAAAACCUGGCCUACGUCUGCCACCAAAGAGUCGAGGAAAUGCGCGGUUUCGAGGUGCAAAUGAGCCCAUGGCGUGAUCGCUCCGUCGAAGACAACCUCCAGCUGUUUGAAGACAUGAAAAACGGAAAAUUCGACGAGGGAGAAGCCACCCUUCGCCUAAAAUUGACUCUGGAAGAAGGAAAAGUGGACCCGGUAGCCUAUAGAAUCAAAUACGUCCCACAUCAUCGUACAGGCGACAAAUGGUGCAUCUAUCCAACUUAUGACUACACUCACUGUCUCUGUGAUUCCAUCGAGAAUAUUACGCAUUCCCUGUGCACUAAGGAAUUCCAAUCGAGACGAAGCUCGUACUAUUGGCUGUGCAACGCUCUGGACAUUUAUUGUCCCGUCCAAUGGGAGUACGGUAGACUCAACGUCAAUUAUACCGUUGUGUCGAAGCGGAAGAUUCUGAAGUUGAUCACGACAAAAACGGUGAACGAUUGGGACGAUCCGCGGUUGUUCACGCUUACAGCACUUAGAAGACGUGGAAUCCCAUCGGAAGCUAUCAAUCAAUUUGUGGCGAAACUCGGUUUGACGAUGUCGCAAAUGGUGAUUGAUCCACAGCUCCUGGAUGCGUGUGUUAGGGAUUAUUUGAAUAUUCAUGCGCCAAGAACGAUGGCUGUGCUCGACGGCUUGAAGCUCACGAUCGAAAACUUUGCCGAUCUAAACCUUCCCUCCACCGCCGACGUUCCAGACUUCCCAUCGGAUCCAUCGGAUCCACGUAAGCAUUCUGUCGCCGUGGACCAAGAGAUCUACAUUGAGAAAACGGAUUACAAGCCAGACGACACGGAUAAAUCAUUCAGAAGACUGACUCCAAAACAGACUGUCGGCCUGAAACACAUUGGACUAGUGCUUCGAUUCGUUCGAGAAGUCAAGGAUUCAGAGGGGCACGUCACCGAAGUCAUCGUGAAGGCGGAGACGUUGGCUGAUGGAGAGAAACCGAAGGCAUUCAUUCAUUGGGUCGCCAAGCCGGUGUCUGCAGAGGUCCGAUUGUAUGAGAGACUGUUCAAGAGCAAGAAUCCAGAAGAUGCGCAGGCGUUGCCAGGUGGCUUCCUGACGGACAUCAACCCAGACUCCUUGACCGUCCUCUACAACGCUCUCAUCGAUCAAUCAGUGGCGAAAUCCAAAGUUUAUGAUAGAUUCCAAUUCGAACGAAUCGGAUUCUUCUGCGUUGACAAGGACUCGACGUCGUCGAAACUCGUGUUCAACCGAACUGUAAUGCUGAAAGAUGGAGGAGCGUCGGGAAAGAAUUGA